AUGGCUUUGAAACGUAUACACAAGGAGCUGGCCGAUUUGACUAAAGAUCCGCCCACAAACUGCAGUGCCGGACCUGUUGGCGAUGAUAUGUUUCACUGGCAAGCAACUAUAAUGGGUCCUCAUAACAGCCUUUACCAGAACGGAGUAUAUUUUUUAAACAUCCAUUUCCCGAGUGAUUAUCCAUUUAAACCUCCCAAGGUUGCUUUCACAACAAAAGUGUACCACCCAAACAUCAAUAACAACGGUGCCAUAUGUCUCGAUAUUUUGAAAGACCAGUGGAGUCCAGCUUUAACGAUAUCGAAAGUGCUACUGUCAAUAUCAUCACUGCUAACUGAUCCAAAUCCAGACGAUCCAUUGGUUCCGGAGAUAGCGCAGCUUUAUAAGCAGAAUCGCAAGCUUUACGAAUCCACUGUCAGGGAAUGGGUCCAGAAGUACGCAACAUAA